AUGCCGCAUCGAAUUAUAGCCCUGUCCGCCGCGAGAUACCUCCGUCUUUACACGGAUAGGUACCUCCCGACAUACCUGGCUGGCUUGGCUGGCCACCUACCAAGACAAGGCACCUCCAAUACUAACCUAAACCUGCCUUUCUUGCACCGGUGCGCCCUCAGCCUCCCAAGCCCAUCCGCAUCCACUGAACUGACCGGUCCUGCCCAACAAGCGAGCCUCUCAAACCUUGACUACAACAUCCCCAAGCAAAAGGAGGCUACGCUCAAACCCUCGCUUGCCCUCGCGGCCGCCGUAGCCAGCGCUGCCCUCUUCUUCCAGACGUCACUCGCUGAGUCUUUUGAGCGAAAUCCUGUCGACUAUAUCACGCUCAUUGACAAUGUCCAAAUACAUACGCACUCGCACCGAGUGAAUGCACAGUCCAAGUUCGACCUCACAUUUACCCUCCACAAUGGUCACCAGAAAAUCAGGCUCGCCCUUGAGCCCAACAACGACAUCAUCCCCGACGACCUGGCUAUUACUGUUCUUGGUUCCGACGGCAGCGUCGCUGCUGCACACCCCGUUCUGCGGUCCGACCAGAAGGUCUUCAAGGGCCAAGCCUUCAUCCAGCGCCAUGGCCUUGACGGGUGGUCCGCCGCGGGCUGGGCCAGAAUCAUAGUCUUGAAGGACGGUGAAAAGCCCGUUUUUGACGGUGCCUUCCGUAUUGACGGCAACAACCACCACAUUGAGACCGCUGCCAAGUAUCGUCUGGUCAAGCACAAGGGUGACCCUAGCGUGCAGCUCCCCGACCAGCGCGCUGCUGACACGACCAUGGUGGUGUGGCGCGACUCGGACAUUAUCCCUCUCGAUUAUACCCAGUCCGAGUUGAAGCGUCGGAGUACUGCUGGCAGCGCACUCUGCGACUCCGACACGCUGACCUUUAAUUCGAAAUAUGAUCCUGUUGCCCGAGACUUUAGCCCUCUGCAAUCCAUGCCAACCCACCAACUCUUUGGUCGCCAAUCGAUUGAUGGCGGCGGCGGCGGUGACCCUGCAGGCAACUUGUACGCCAGCAUCGGCUCCGUGAAUGGAUGUCCCACCACGAAAAAGGUCGCCCUUGUCGGAAUCGCCACCGACUGCACGUAUUGGGGCAUAUUUGGCUCCAAAGACGCCAUCCAGAAGCACGUACUCGGUGUCGUCAACAAGGCUUCGGAACUCUACGAGAGCACCUUCAAGAUUUCCCUGGCUGUCCGAAACUUGACUGUCAUUGAAGCAAACUGCUCCAGCGGAGGCACCUCUGCGACCCCGUGGAAUGUGGACUGCUCGCCCGACUUUAGCAUCACCAAUCGACUCAACACAUUUUCCGCUUGGCGAGGCAAGUCUCAGGACAAAAAUGCCUACUGGACACUCCUAACCAAAUGCCCAACCGAUAACGCUGUCGGUCUGGCCUGGCGCGGCCAGCUCUGCCGUCAGGGGUCUGCGCCCAACGGCGGAACCAAUGACACGAUUGCCAGUACCAAUGUCGUAGUCAAUGGCCCUACCGAAUGGCAAAUCUUCGCUCACGAGACAGGGCACACCUUUGGUGCUGUGCACGACUGUACCCCCGAUCUGUGUCCCGUCAAGCAGUCUGCCCAGUCCUGCUGUCCCCUCAAGGUAGGUGGAUGCGAUGCCGGUGCUCAAUUCAUCAUGAACCCCUCCACGGGCAACGGCAUCACCCAAUUCUCCCCCUGCACAAUUGGCAACAUCUGCUCCGGCCUCAUGGGCAAUGUCAAGUCAGACUGUCUGACAGACAACAAAAAUGUUGAAACCAUUACCGAGGGCGUCUGCGGCAACGGCAUUGUCGAGCCUGGUGAGGACUGCGACUGCGGCGGAACCGAGGGGUGCGGCACCAAUAAGUGCUGCAACUCUAAAACGUGCAAGUUCUCGCAGAACGCCGUCUGCGAUCCGGCCAACGAAGACUGCUGCUCCGACAACUGUCAGUUUGCUGGGUCGGGCACAGUCUGCCGCGCCAGCACUGGCGAGUGCGAUCCCGAGGAAAAGUGCCCCGGCAACUCGGCCAACUGCCCGCCCGACGAGCACAAGAAGGCGGGCGAGUCGUGCGGCACCGGGCUCGAGUGUGCCUCAGGCCAGUGCACCUCGCGGGAUCGCCAAUGCCAGGUGGCCGCAGGCGGGCUGACGCACAGCAACAACACCAAGGCGUGCCGCAACGACUGCCUUAUGCUGUGCGAGUCGCCGUCGUUUAUGGGCGGCUCGUGCGCUUUCUACAACCAAAACUUCCUCGACGGCACCAGCUGUAGCGGCGGCGGGCGGUGCCAGGACGGCCAGUGCAAGGGCAGCUCCUGGUGGAAGGAGUUUACCCAAUGGUUUCUGGGAAACAAGGCCAUUUCCAUUCCCGUCACCUGCGUCGUCGGCCUGCUGGUUAUCGCCGUCCUCCUCUCGUGUGUGUGCAGUUGCGUCCGCCGUGCCGGCCGCCGCCGCGUCGUCCGCAACAAGCCCGUCAGCCCGCCGCCCUCCAACGGGUCAUCCGGUGCCUGGAACCCCUACGCCAACGCCCAGUGGCGGCCGCAGCCUGGACCGACCAUGUCGCCGGCCAAUGGCUUUGACGUCCCGCCGCCGCCUGGUCCCCCGAGAGGCGAGGUGUACGGGAAUAACAACUCAUUUGGCAAUGGUGUGCAUGACUUUGCCCCGCCGCCGCAUCCGCCUCCUACCUACAACUAUGGAAACCGUGGAAGUGGACCUAGAUACGCAUAG